AUUAGCAAUGGCAAAAUUCUGAACCCCUGUGUACAAAACCUCCGUUAAAUCAUGUCGUCAAUGGCGCUCUCAACUCUCCACUUCAAAACCCCAAUAAAAUUCAUACCAAACAUCUCCUCUCGAAUUGUUCAUCGGAUUAACCCUUCAUUUCAAUUCACCUCUUCUUCGUUAGCCCCAACGGUAAACGAAUUCCGGUGCACCCACAAUUUUUACGGGCCGUUAAAUAAAUCCGUUAAUGGGUUUUCAGCUAAAUUCCGUGGGUUCGCUGUGAAAGCACAAAAUGGAAGUGAUUCCGCCGUUAAUAAAACGGAGAAAGAAGACGAAGAAAUGGCGGCGCGUGGGCAGAGCAGUAUGCCGGAGAGGUUUAGAUAUUUGAGUAAAGAAGCUCCUGAUAAGUCUGUUAGAUGGCCUUGGCUCAUUGUGCUGGGAUUCAUGCUCUACGCAUGGAGAACCGUCUUGUGGGAGCUUUCCAACUGGAGGAAGUCUAUUUUCGCAAUCGGUCGAUUCUUGCAAUACUUAUCGAAAUUCGCAUUAGCCCUUUUAUUCCAUUUCAUCGGAAAUCCACUCACAUCUCUAAUCCAUGCAAUCGAGACAACACUCUACACUAUCCGAUCCUUCUACUCCGGCUUAAUCGCAUACGCUCCAAUCUCCGAUCUAACCCUAAUCAUCAUGCUGACAUCAGCAGUACUUGCUAUCUCCGAAGCCGCAGCUCCGGACUCAGUCAACAGGCAGCCAUACAUACUCACAGUGGCUGGAUUAAUCGGCUUUUGUGCCGUUAAGAAUUAUAUAACGGAGCUGUUUUUUUGGACAUUGCUUGUGGGGUUGUUUGGUUACGGUAGUUUGGUGAAGAAACGGGAUUAUGUGUCUUCAUCAUUGCCCGUUGCUACUGUUUUGGCUGCUGUGGGUGAGCCUUGGGUUAGAGUUAUUUCGAUGGGCUCGUUUUUGGGGUUGGCUAUUUUUCAUUACUCGAGGAAAAAAAUUGUGGAUUCGAAAGAAGGUGAAGAGAAUAAUGGGGUGGUGAAUAGGGUUCCGAUUCCGUUGAUUUGUGCUGCGCUGGCGAUUGGCGUUCGAGUUGCUGCUAAAUGGGCUGGUUAUAGGCAUUUGACAUGGAUGAUUGCUUAAAGUGACAAAUUGGAAAGGAAAAAAAAACAAGAAAAAGGUGUGUAUGUUGCCAUUUUGAUAGAAAUGUUGCGUCUUCUUGAAUUCCUUGUUUUUAGUUUAUCUUUCGUGUUGGCCGAGUAGAUGGCGAAGGGACAAUUUUGACGUAGGGAAGUCUCGUUUAGUGUGUUUUUCUGUUGGUAUUGUAUCUUGUUUUGAACUACGCUUGAAUCGGAGAGUGGUAUGGUCAAUAUAAAUUGUGAAUCGAUGAAAAGACGUA